AUGCCGGGAAGUUUUUCCAAGGUUGUCAGAGGAGGGAAGGAGGAUAAGAAUGCCUUCAAAGUCGAAACCACAACCACGAAUAAUGCAAGUAUCAUUACAGUCGAUGCCCGAGGAGACAGGAACAGUGAUAAAGCGACCGCUGAUUUAGCGGAAGCUUUGAGCCCUGUUACUGGUGGACAAGAGCCUGCGCAAGCGUCGGUGUCUAAUACAUCACUGUCAUCGGUGGAAACAGUUGAGGAUGAAGCAGAUUGCUGGGGAUUGUUCACUUUUAUCGAAAAAGGUCGGGAUGAAUCUGGCAUUGUCGACAUCGUGGCUAUUCAUGGUCUUAAUGGCCAUUACUACAAAACCUGGUCCACAUCGUCAACAAAGGGAAGUAGAAUCAACUGGCUAAAAGACAUGCUUCCUGAACGCAUACCUAAUGCCAGAAUUAUGUCCUUUGGAUACAAUACCAAUGUUCAGUUCAGCAAGUCCACGGCAGGCAUCAGCGACUUCGUCGAGGGUCUUCUUUCGGACCUCAUGUCAUGCAGGACAAGCCACCAGGAAAAGACACGGCCUAUCAUAUUUAUUUGUCACAGUCUAGGUGGCAUCGUCUUCAAACAAGCGUUGGUGAGAGCUCGGGAACGCGAUAGGUACACCGAUCUCCUUAAGCAUAUUCCAGACUUCGGCAAGGUGCUUGCAUCGAUUCUCAAAGCGUCCACUAUGGGGAUCAAUACCAACACCAAGGUGGUCAAUGAUCUCAAAAAGAACUCGCAAGCGCUGUAUGAGAUCACUCAGUCUUUCGUGGAUCGCAGCAAGGCAUUGCACAUUGUCACUUUCUACGAAACAGAGAAAAUGGAGUUUCUAAGUGCACAAAUCAUGGUCAAAGAAUCUGCUGUCUUGAAUCUACCAAACGAGAUACCGGUGCUUAUUAAUGGGAACCAUAGCAGUAUGUGCAAGUUUUCAAACUCUGGGGCCGCGAAAAGGAGUUUCACCCGUGUUUACUCUCACUUGGAGGAAAUGAUCAGUGGUCUGAUAAAGAACGAAGUCUCUUAUCCUGCCAGUAAAUGA